AUGCACGUACGGACACGGACACGGACACGGAAGUCGUUGGACAUCGGCCAAAUCAACGAACCAUUCCGUCUAAACCAGUUCAGAACUGUAUGGUUAAAAUCAGAACAAGCCGAACUUCGUCGACCCCGAAACCGCCUCGUCAGUCCUGGCUACAGGGGUGUGCAUAUGCACUCUGCAGCGCCCGAUGAUGAUGGCCCUCCCUCAGCAAAUCCUUCUCUCGAACGUUUCAUUCUCAUUCGCCGACGUAUCACCCCUGCCACAGUCCUGGUUCCAGGGGUGCGCAUCUGCGCUCUCGUGUCUCGCCAUCCUCCCCAUAACCUUGUCUUUGACUUUUCAAUGUACCCUCCCGCGCCGUGUGAAGAUUACAAUGCUCUGUGUCCAUUGGAAUUUGUAGGACAUAAUGCCUGA